GUAAAUGCAAUGAUAUAAACUGUAUACAUGAUAUUCUGACUCACUUGCCCGCGGUCAUCAUGAAAACAUCAAGUCAGCUUCUGGUCGUCUUUCUCUCCGUGUCAGUGAUUCUAAAGCACACAAGUGCUCUUUCAUGCGGAUAUCGCUACGGUACUCGUAUCAUCAGCGGAAGUGACGCACAGCCCAACUCUUGGCCCUGGAUGGUGCAGAUCAACUACAACAAUGGACAUCACUGCGGCGGUACUCUCGUGAGCCCGCAAUGGGUUGUUACUGCGGCGCACUGCGUGGAUCACGUGAAAGAUCCGAAAAAUUAUAAUGAACUGGCGAUCACUCUCGGCGAGCACAAGCGAAGCGCUUCGGAAGGCACCGAGCAGAGGUUUUCCGUAGCUAGGAUUAUUGUGCAUCCUCAGUACUUUGAACCCACUGCCAUUAACAAUGACAUCGCACUGAUCAAGCUUAACAAGCCCGCACGACUGAACAAGUACGUGAACCUUGCAUGUCUACCACGACAGGGCGAGGAGCUAUCGGACGGGAAGAUCUGCUACGCUACCGGCUGGGGAUUGACAGUGGGCGGUGACUGGAAGAGCCAAUCAGAUGUCCUCAAACAGACACCACUUCCAGUGGUUAACAGACAAGAGUGUCAGACAGACUAUGAUGAUAUACCUAUUACUACAGCUAUGAUGUGCACAGGAUAUGGCGGAAGAAGCUCCAUCAGCACCUGUAACACAGACAGUGGGGGCCCUGUGGUUUGCAAGAGUAAACUGGGGCACUGGUAUCUACAGGGUGUGGUCAGCUUUGGCGCCAGGGCGUGCGCCCCUGGUCACUACUCUGUGAAUGCCAAAGUCAGUAAAUUUGUCACAUGGAUUAAUCAGUACAUAUGAACGCUUGACCUGGAGUAAAUAAAGUCUGAGGAGUA